UUUCGCUCAUUGGUAUGCUCGAUCAGGGCUAACUUGAACCUGAACAUCAACAACAUGCGACGUGUGCCUGAGAUAUGCUUAGCCAAGUGGUUACUUGGAGCCAUGUUGGUAGUAUAUCACGCUUCAAAUUACGAAAAUAACAGUUAACCCAUUUACAUAAAAGUCUCUUUAGACACGUUGUAAUUGCUGAAAAUAUAGAGGGAAUAUUUAAAAAAACUAUUUAAGUAAUAUUUGUCAGUUUUACGUUUCUAAAAACUAUCAAGUUGUUAUCUUUUGAACUUUGGAAUUUUACUAAACUCUGUAUAAUUCUGGAAUUCAAUAUAUGGUAAGAUCUGUUGCCCUUGUUCUGUCCGUCUGCUUACACCGACAAUGUUGAAAAAAGCUGUUGAACUACAGGUUGAAUACCAGACGUACUAUCUGCACCCAUAAUAACCACGGAGGUAAAAUAAUGAACGCACAAUAACCGUGUUAUUGUUUAAACCAUGUGUUUCGAACUGAAAAUAUUAACGUGAUCCAAGCCAUGAGUCGACUCGAUCAGUGGUACCGUCGCUUCUUGAUAUCGAAACUGUUUACCAAAGGCUGGGGUAAACCAGAAAACUUGAAAAAACUGUUCAACUGUAGGAAAAUUAUCUCGAAUCGAGAGGAAUGCAUUAAGUUAGUUCCACCCGACUAUCCUGUACAUAUCGACAAGGAUAUAGAACAGGAUGACCACCGCAUAUUGGAAGGACAUUUCCUCUCGCCCUUCGCAGUCUAUAUGUCAGAUGUGAUGCCCAAAGAAGUUGAAAUCGCCAAAUUUCAAAUGAUUUUACCUAAAUUAUGGAAAUCUCAACUAAAGCCGGUUUGUGUUCAACUGGGUGGCACUGGAGACCAUUUCUACUGGAGAAGACGAACGUUGUUGGGGAAACCUUUACUGAAGGAGUUUGGAAUCGCUUCAAUCAUUCUUGAAAAUCCUUACUAUGGCAUGCGUAAACCAAAACAACAGUUACGAUCGGCGUUGCACAAUGUAAGUGACCUUUUCGUAAUGGGCGGAGCUCUCAUCCUAGAGUCGUUAGUAUUGCUUAACUGGUGUGAACAGCAAGGGUGGGGUCCUUUGGGCAUCACUGGUAUUUCAAUGGGGGGACAUAUGGCUUCCUUGGCUGCGUCAAAUUGGAAUAAACCUCUUUCACUAAUACCCUGUCUGUCCUGGAGUACCGCGUCUGGUGUAUUCACACAUGGUGUUCUCAGUGAAGCCAUCCCCUGGCGAGUUUUACAGUCUCAGUAUCUGGAAGAAAGUCAGUAUGGGACCGAUAUCAAGAAAAUGAUCCACUCCCCCGAAGAUGUGGCCAGAGCCUUCCGCCUUGGACAGAAAUAUGUACAAGAUAUGGACGAGUCCUUAAAAGAUGUCCUCAACUUUUAUCGUAGUCAAAAUAAACCGUCUUUAUUAAAUCUAAAACUUGAUUUUGAAACCAAAGAAGAAUCCCUCUCUAUACGCAAAGAAGAUGAAAACAAAAUGGUCGAUUUUAACCCUAGCAAUACUAUAUCUUUGGAAAACACACAAGCUACUGCUGCUGAUUCUUUUCAAGCCCUUAACAACACUAACAUUCUCACAACUUUGUCCAAACCGUCGAAAACAGACUGGAAAUCUCGGUAUUUAUCCCUAAGCUAUGCUGCUGCCAAAUCUCACAUCACUAGGUCACAGACGACUAAAGAAAAAGAAAAGGAAAAAAGGCAUUCUACUAAAAGAGUUUCUGAAGAAGCGUUGAAUUUUAUGCGAGAUGUGAUGGAAGAGUUCACUCACCUUGGCAAUUACACACAACCCGUAGAUACUAGUUUGAUUAUCAUUGUGGCUGCAAAACAAGACGCUUACAUUCCUCAUGAAGGGGUCCUCAGUCUGAAGCAGCUAUGGCCUGAAGCUGAAGUGCGCUACAUUGAUUCUGGUCACAUAUCUGCCUUCUUGUUCAACCAAAAAACCUUCCGAAUGGCUAUCAAAGAUGCAUUUGAUAAACAGAUUCAGAAGUAUUACACGUAGAUGUGCUCAUGUUAAAUAUGCUAAAGGUACGCCACAUGUCAGUAUUUUUAGAUAAUUUACAGAGAAAAAUACCAUAAAAAUCUAUUUGAGGUUUUAAAAAUGUGAUAUUUAGAAAACGAUUUAAUGAAGUUAUUGUAUUUUAUUUCAUUUUUUUAACCCCAUAAUUUGAUUUAUACCAAACCUGGACAUAUUUCAUGUCACUUGAGUUAAGGGUUGAGUUUUGUGUUUUUCUACUACGUUUUGUUUGUAUGUGAAACCAAAGCCUAUCAGUUUAGUUUUAAAUUACUUUAUGCGGCGUUCUGCAUCAGUGAUAUUUUGUGUGUAUUGCAGAAAUAGAGACGUAAGAGAAAUAAAUAUUUAAGCUAGAAACAACAAAGUGAAUUUUCUUAACUUCUGUUUAUUUCUUAGUGAAUAAUUUUUCAUUAUUUCCCUGUCAUGUUUCAUGCUACUUGUUAAUCAUUUUCCUAAUCACGGGUUCAUAAGGCUAUACACAGGCCGUUGUAGCAUUAAGUGGAUGAUACACUGAAAUUAUCCUGGAUUCAUCGCAAUAACACCUGUGGAAUAACAAAUUUAGUUUACUUUGAA